GGGAAAAAAUCAUGGCAGAUCCGAACCAAAAUGCUCCUCCUUUAUUGUUGUUUUCUGCUAAUGAUAGUUUAGCUCCAGACGUUUUGAGACCGGUUCCAGCGACAUCAUCACUUUUCCCAACGGAAGAUGGAGAGGCAGACAGCUUCCUUGGCCAGACAGCCGACGUGCCAUCAACCCAAGUGGUCCAACCCCAAGUCCCAUUCUUCAGUAUGCCUGCAGCUUCGUCAAGUGCCUCAGCAGACCCUUUCUCAAGUAUGGGCCAACCACCAACAUCGAACACCAAUCCAGCGGGUAGUGCGUCUCCUUAUGCCCCGUCAACCACUCACCAGUCUGUCGGUUUCUCCGGUCCUCCUACUAUGCCCCAAUCUACUCAGUACUUUAAUGGGCCUCCAAUGAGCACCCCAGGAGCCCAAGUAUCCACCCCAUCUGGGCCGCUGAAUCCCGGUGGGCCACCACCGUCAGGACCCCCCACUGGACCUCCGCAAGGGAGUCGGACAUUUAGUUCUGGAUACGGCGUACGAGGGCAGCACUACCAACCAGUGAUAUUUCCCGGCAUGGAUGGCGCUUCACAGCCAGUAGGAGGGCCACAAGCUCAGCCGAUGUUUGAUCCAUCAAUGCCACCCCCAAUGUCGGCAGCCUCAUCCCACCCUCAGGGCCACCAUCAGACCCCUACCAGACCCCAGCAGGGUGCCUUCACUCUCCCCGGAUCGCCACCGCAGCACCAAGCCCUGAAUACCUCGGCAUACCAACCUAUACGCCCUCAUUGGUUCUACUGCAAGGAGUUUGAGAGGGGAGAGAUAUGGUGUCCCUUUAGCAUCAUCGACUCUAUCAAGCUUGAGGAGGCCUUUUAUGCCUGUCAAAUGAAUCCCCAUGAGGAUGUUAUAAUUUCCACCAAUGGAGGGCGCUUUGAUGUUAGCAUGCAGCAGCGUGUUCGGCAGCCCAUCUAUUGGGAAGAGACUCCCUCUAGUGUCCGGCGCUGCACAUGGUUCUACAAGAGUGACGGAGAGAACAGAUUCCUACCGUAUGAGGAAGGAUUGUCAGAUAGACUUGAGGAAGAAUACAAGUCGGCCAUCGAGAACAACGUUUGGCACAAGAGGUUGGAAUUCUCCGACGGGGAGACCAUUGUCAUGCAUAACCCUAAUGUCAUUGUCCACUUCCGGCCGUCGUCCAAGCCAGACGACUUUGGGACGUCUCCCGAUGGUCAGAUGAGGCCAAGAGUGGUCAAGAGGGGUAUUGAUGAUUUGGAGAAUAUUCAACAAGGUGAACCCAACAAAGUUGAUCACCUGGUUUUUGUCAUUCACGGAAUUGGACCAGUUUGUGAUCUACGCUUCAGAAGUAUUGUUGAAUGCGUGGAUGAUUUCCGUUCAGUUUCACUCAGUCUUCUUCAGUCUCACUUCAAGCAUGCUCAAGAUGACGGGAGAAUCGGACGGAUUGAGUUCCUCCCGGUCUACUGGUAUGAUGCUCUGCAUGGGGACGCAACAGGUGUUGACAGACGUUUACGGCGCAUCACGUUACCAAGCAUCAGCCGUCUACGACGAUUCACCAACGACACCCUACUAGACAUUCUCUUCUACUCCAGCCCGACCUACUCCCAGAAGAUCGCCGAGCAAGUAAACUCUGAGAUCAAUCAUCUGUUUGAGCUGUUCAAACACCGAAAUCCUCACUUCCAGGGUCAAGUGUCUCUCGUCGGUCACAGUUUAGGGUCCUUGAUUGCCUUUGAUUUGCUGUCACACCAAGGAGACGCGACCCCCAACCUACCGAUGUCCGACUCCAAUACAGAUACCCCAGUCACGCCCGACCAACCGCUGCCUCUGCCCAUUGACCAAUCACAGCUCACAGCCAACCUGACCAAUGAGGAGGAGGCUGAGGAAGAGGUCAUGACCCUGGAGAGCUCCCUCGCUCAGUUGGGCCUUACAGAGUUUUUGCCAAAGUUUGAGGAGGAGCGAGUGGACAUGGAAAGCUUGCUCAUGUGCAGUAGCUCGGACUUAAAGGAGAUGGGACUCCCGAUGGGACCAAGGAAGAAACUCGGAGGUUUCGUGAGUGAACAAGCCACCAAAGAGGAGAAGAGCAGAAAGGCCAAGGAGGAGCGAUUGCGAGCUGAGGCAGAGAGAGCGACACGUGAAGCCAUUGAGCAAGAGAGGAAGGAGGCAUUGUCGGCGGCAGCCCUGGACUUCUCUUCUCACUCUGUGCACGUUGAUUAUGAACCAGGAUCAGAAGGUGUGGGUCAGCCUCUUGUCAAGUACUCACAGCUCGAUUUUAAGCCCCAGUGUUUCUUCGCCGUCGGGUCCCCGAUCGGAAUGUUCCUCACGGUCAGAGGGGUCAGCCGAUUUGGGGAGGAGUAUAGACUACCAACAUGUGAUGGAUUCUUCAACAUUUUCCACCCUUUUGAUCCAGUAGCCUACAGAAUUGAACCUUUAGUUCACCCUAGCAUGGCAGACGUCAAACCUUUCUUGAUGCCUCAUCAUAAAGGACGUAAAAGAUUUCAUCUUGAACUCAAGGAGAGCCUGACGGCAUUUGGCACCGAUCUGAAACGGAACCUUAUUGAUUCCAUGAAGAAGACGUGGAACUCAAUCCAGGAGUUUGCUCUCGCCCACCGCAGCGAGACGGUGCCGGCCGUCACGUCGGAGGAGAUGGAGGAGGUCGCUGAGAAGCUGAGCAUGGAGGAGAUGAAGAGACAGGCGAAGGAGAGGGAAGGGAUGUCUAUGAGGGAUCCAGACUUUGAGCUGCGCCUUGGUCAGCUGAAUAGCGGACGAAGGAUAGACUAUGUACUUCAAGAAGCACCACUUGAAAGCUUCAAUGAAUACCUCUUUGCACUGGGAAGCCACGCUUGCUACUGGGAUUCUGAAGAUACUGUACUUCUUAUACUCAAGGAGAUCUACUCCUUACUUGGAGUUUUCCCUCUCAUCCACGGUCCAAAGCAAGACUCAACGCCAGCAACCCCAGCCACGCCGCUACAUCAUUAGAAAGUUUCCCCAUCAGUGAAAGUAAAAUGGCUGUUACCAAAAGCUUCACCUCUUGACAGCCUUACUGCAAAGUCUUGCCUCUGGGGAUUAACAGAGGGAUUAAUACUGCUUGACAAAAUUUCUAUGCUUAGCAAAGAUUGAGAGGGGCGCCAGUCACAACAAUGUAAACUUAAUCUAAUUUUGACUGGUAACCUGUUUCUGUUAAGCAACACUUUGCUGUGUUUUGUUGUGCUUACAAGCUUGUUGAACUUGAAAUGUGCACAGAAAUAUUUAUAUGUGAGGGAAAGUUACGUUUACAAGAACAGGUUAAGAGCCACAAAUGAGUCAUUUUGAACAUACCUGUGAGUGGUCAUGCUAGUACUAGUAAAAGUGACUUACCAGUAUUAACCCUUUCACAAUCUGACCAUUCAAUCUCAACCUCUUUAUCUACUGUGUAGAUAAACUAAAUUAUCCUGCGAUAAUGUUUAAUGUGAUCAAUGCAUUUACGCUGUCACAAACUUUUAAGCUGUUUGAUAAUAAUAUGCAAUUGAAAUAACAUGUAUGUGAUGAUUACGCUGAUUGAGCUGAUUAAGAACACAAAAGUUAGCUAAGCACAAAACAAUAAUUUGUUUGCUUAGCGGAAAAGGGUUACCGGCCAAAAUACCAUGACCAUUUUCAUAAAGUUCACCAGUGAGAAAUAAUGUGUGAAUAAGCAAAAGUUUAUUGGUCAAGAAGCUUGUUGGUCACUCACCUGUAUGUCUGUUUGCUUUUUGAAACUGAAACUGUGCUAGGUGCCGCUUUGUAAUCGGGAAACAAGUUAUGCUCACAGGUCUUGUGAAACUCAUUACUGAGUCAUCAUUAUGUACUGUUUGUUACUGUUUCCUGCCGCUUCCCAGGUUGUAUCGUAAUUUGGGUGUGAUCCCUGGCUACACGGCUGUUAACAGUUGUUAUGGCUU